ACAUCAUCAUGCAUCCCCGACAAAUAAAUUGUCAUCCAUGGCUUGAGCCUCCAGGUAAUCAGGUACUGUCUGUAUACGUUGUUAGCUUUUCAUCCUGAAGCCCAUUACUUGAAUGAACCGAGAGUUUGUGUUUGUCCAAGUGAGAAUGGAGACAAUUAAUCAACCCAUUAUCUUUCAAUCUCCACCUAUGUCUCGAUUCAACCUCGACGACUCGGUCACUUUGGUCAUCUCUCUCAGUUGUUCAGUGUCUCCGGCAAGCCUUUCACUGGCUCUCUCUGCUUCAACCACUGGAUCACUUCUGCCGAAUUAUCCUCCAAUUUCGACGGCCAACGUGACACACCGUUGUCACAAAUCAUAGCUUGAAAUGAGCCGACGAGUCUCACCGACUCUGCUAGUGUACACCGCAACCUCCUCCGACUUCACCGCCGUUUGGGUCGCUGCUACGGGCAUUCAUCUCUACCGCCGUUUAAGCCAAAAAUCUUCACCAACGAUUGAUUUCGGUUAGAUGCGAGAAUCGUCGACUUUCUCGAUCCUUCCGCCUCUCCGAUAGUGAACCACCGUGACUUUCUCUGACUUCACCGCAAGUCAAUUCCGCCGCCGCCAAAUUCAGUAGUUGAUUCCAAAUCAUAUAUAAAAUGAUUGGUCUAUUUCCCUUAAUGUUUGAUAAACAGAAUCGAAUAGAUUACCUCCGAUUGUCAGGUAAAACCAUAAAACUUUUUUUUAUACUUGAAGAUUUCAAAUUUGACCAUCUGAAGUUUCCCUUGAGAUGACAAACUGUUAUUAAACGCAUGUCUUCUCUUUUCCUCUUGUGAUGAUGAAUCGACUAAACCCAGCUCAACACUUACUGCUUAAUAGCCUUCCACUUUUGUCUGCUACUGACUCCUUUCAAUAUCUUGUCUUUGCGAGAUCAAUCGACCAAGAGCAAUCUCGACACCCCCUGGAAACAAUUAUGGCGUAACAUUGAGAAGCACAAAACACUUCUCAAAACUUGUUCCAGUUACUGAGGGUUCCUCUGUUGUAUUCUACACUGGACCUGGUGGCAAGGAGUUUGUGCCUUUAGCAUUGCGUUUGGACCUCUAGCAUUGCGUUUGGACCUGGUGACAAGGAGUUUGUGCCUUUCCAACUAGCCAAAUCCUGAUUUGCAAAGUUGGUCAAAAGGUCUGACAUAACAGACACUUCGUCAGCUAGAUACAUUACCAUGUUUAUCAUCUUAUGAUGCCUGUUUCAAUAUUUCAGUUUAUGAUCGGGAGCGGUGUAAAUGUGUCUGAUUUCACUUACUCUGACAACGUUGCUCAUGCACAUAUUUGUGCCGCAGAAGCAUUAGAUUCACGCCAUCGACUAAGCUUCCUGUUGUUUCGGCUGGUUUGGUUUGUUUCGUCACUUCUUAAAUGGACACAAGAAAAGGAUAGCAUUGGAAGUUAUUAUGACACAGCUCAUCAGUUUACUCUGUUAGCUUCCUCAACGAGAACUUUUAACUGCGAUGCAGCUAAGAAGUAUCUUGGUUACACACCUGUACUUGAAGAAUGUAUUGCAUCAACGUUUCAGUGGUUCUCUCGCGAUCUUGAGAAAUCUGAUGAUACAACCACUCAAUCUAAAGCAGAUCAGCUUCUUGGUUGUGGAAAAGACUCUGCAGUGAGAGAUCUUAGCAAAGAUAUUGUAUUGGCAUGGAACCACGGAGUUGGCAGAUUUAAAUCCUUAAGCAGAGGAAGAGACUGGAUCAAGUUCUUCAAGCGAUGUCAUUCUCGUUACGAGGUUGAGCUCUAUCACCUAGCUUGGAUCUUCAUCGAAUACUCGAAAGUUCUUACAGGGAUGGUGCUGAAGAAUCUGCUUUUUUCCUGAUGCUUCAUCUAAACCAAUGUUUAUGUGAAGCUUCCAAGUCCUGAAAACGAACUCAGCGAUCUCUAUGUAGUUAUUAGAUGUCUGUGUACUGACAAAAAGAUCCUUGUUAGACUGAAUUCUUUUGGUGGUGAUGAACAGUUGUUGCAUAGAGCCUGUGACUGUGAGAGUCACAGACUCGCAGAUAAAAUACGCGCGAUAUUUACAGAUUUGCCCAUAAGUACUGUAAAACGCACCGUGUCGGUCUUACUUACAGUACGAAAACAAUAUUUUAAAAAAUUACAAAG